AUGAAUCAGGACGUAAAGUUUUCUGAGAAAGACUUUAAGCAUGAGUUUGUAGAAAUGAGUUCUGAAGCAGUGAUGUUCCCAAAGUACAGAGAGAAGUAUAUUGAACAGACACAGAAAUACAUUAUUAAGGCAUUGGAGGGGAAGAAGAUAUCAUGCAAGAUUGAUUUGGAGAAGAGGGUUAUUGAUGUGGAGACAAACAAGAGUACAAGAGAUCCAUUUAUAUUCAUCAAGGCAGUCAACUUUGUUAAGCUUGUAAGCCGAGGAGUCGGGGUUGAAGAAGCAAUGAAGGUACUGGAGGACGAGUAUUUCUGUGAAGUGAUUGACAUAAAGAAACUGGCAAGCUCCGACAAGGUGUUUGAAAAAAGAAGAGAUAGGCUGAUAGGACCCAAGGAGAUGACUUUGAAGGCCAUCCAGAUUCUGACGAAAUGCUAUGUUCUUGUGCACGGGAAGACUGUGAGCAUUAUAGGCAGCUUCAGGGGUAUUGAGGAAGUGAAGAAAAUUGUAAUUGAUUGUAUGAACAACAUCCAUCCGAUGUACCAGAUUAAAAAGCUUGUGGAAAAAAGAAAACUUGAAGGAGACAUCACCAAGGAGGGAGAGGAUUGGAGCCGGUUCCUUCCUGAGAUCAAGAAGAGUAACAAAAAGUCGAAGAAGAAGAUUAUCGGAAGACACAGUGGGAACAUGCCUUCCGAUAUACCGAAGAGGAAGGAGGAUAUUGAGAUGGAGACAGGAGAGUACUUUACCGAUCGAGAGCUUAGCGGAAGAAAAGAAAGUGGUGGGGAAAGAAAGAAGAGGAAGGAGGAGAAAAAGGAAAAGGAAAUAGAGAAGUAUGCAGUUCCUGAUGAGUGA